AUCCCAAAUUCAUAUCAUCGAUCUGCCUAUACAUCUUAGCAUUUCUAGCUUCAUUUGAUUCGAUUACAAACAAUAGAGAUGGCCGUCAGCUUUGGUAAAGGAUUGCUUGUCCUCCUCCUAACCUUAGUAGCCACCUUGGCAAUUAGCCAAGCUGAAACAGUUGUUGUUGGAGGGUCUCAGGGAUGGCGCUACGGCUACAAUUACACUAAUUGGGCAUUGAAUCACGGUGCCUUUUUCCUCGGCGACACACUAGUGUUCAAGUAUCGUCCUCCUAGCAAAAUCUCGAGGCCUCACAGCGUGUACCUGCUGCCAAACCUGUACAGCUUCUUGACAUGCGAUUUUAGGGGCGCAACCCGGUUGGCAGGUCUGAAUCAAGGACGUGGAAAUGGCUUCUCCUACGUGCUAAAUCAGGUCAGACCUAACUACUUUGCCAGCGGAGAGGGCGACGACUGCAAGAAAGGAUUGAUGAAAUUCGUUGCCAUACCUCUGUAUCGUCCUCCAUUCCCCUGAUGUGUUUCGCCAAAGCCACAAUCGAUCUGCAACAUGCUUCU